AUGGCAGACAAAAUUGAUCUGCCAGACGACCUGCACGCGGCGGCCACGGCGCGGUUCGAUAAACUACGCGAACAGGGCCUCCUCUUUUAUUUUCCCUCAGCGGGCGAACUUGUUCAACAUAAGGAUUUCACGUUCGACUUUCGCAUCUCGCCGUCCAUCGCCCGCAAACCGGUCCUCGCUGCCGAUGCGCCUGAGCGUCGCGGGCGUGGAGGGCCCUUUGUCGACCCAGAUCCUCGGUUUGUGGUAGCGCAGCCAGGCGCCGAUCAUGUUCUAGAGCUCAGCAUUCACGCCAUGGUUCGACCCCAUUACGUGCUUCACACAAAGCACUUUAAACCACAGAGCGAUGACCUUGGCCUGAUUGACAUGGCCGCUAGUUGGGCCGUCAUGCAGCGUGUUGCCGCCGCCGGCCACCGGCCCAUGAUGAUCUACAACUGUGGUUACGAAGGCGGUGCAUCCCAGGGCCACAAGCACGUCCAGGUGUUUGCCGAGCCCGACCCAGGCUUUGUGCUGUUUCCUGAGACAGUAUCGGCGUCAGCUUCCGACACAGCUGUCGCGCCCCAUGUCCGCUUUCUGCAUUUUAUUGCUCGGCUCGACGAGGACUCCGUCGAUCCGCCACGCCUCCAGCAGACGUACGAGCGGCUCAUGAUAAGUGUGCGCAGCGCCCACAGCGCCCAUCGCGCCCGUCAUCCUGAGGAGGCCCUGGAAGCUGACUGCUCGGCGGCCGCGUACAACGUGAUCCUCACGCCGCGGUGGAUGUGUCUGAUCCCGCGGCGCCGCGGCGGUCAGGACGGCACCGGCGCCGGUGCACUGGGCAUGCUGGGCGUGGUCUGGCUCAGAGACGCUCGCGAGCGCGCCCACUGGACAGACCUGGGCCUGACAGACCAUCUCGUGUGGAUGGGGCUGCCGCAGGAGCAGUGA